CUGUGUGUUCGGUGUCUCAACAGCAGUACGAAGCUCUCUCACUUCCAUCGUUGUUUUAACGUUAAUAUUCGUUUAUUUUCCAUUUCCAUCCUCACGAAUAUUUCACUGAUGUGAUAUAUAGUGUGUACGGCGGACGAGCGGCGGAGGUUUGGAUGAUUUACGGUGUUUUGUCGGCUGUGUAAUGAGGAGGCGGCGGUCCGAUAAUGGCACCCUCUAAGAUGAAGUUGCGCGUGAGGAAGAAAGACAGCGCUAGCAAAACAUCUCAGCGUUUAUUAGCCAAUGCAUCGCCUGAUUCUAAAUGCCCGAUCUGCCUGGAUGGCUUCAAUAAUGUUGCGUCGCUGGACCGCUGCCUGCAUCAGUUCUGCUUCCGCUGUAUUCACGAAUGGUCCAAGAAUAAGGCUGAGUGUCCACUCUGCAAGCAGCCGUUCCACUCCAUAUUCCACUCCGUCAAAGGCGAAACAGAUUUUAAGGAGUUCGUAUUACGGCCGCCGGAGAAUGGAGCGGCAAACGCCGCCGCAGCCGAUCCAUCAGAGCGUGUGCUCCGCCCUCGAGUUCUGCGGCGCAGAGAGAGGCGGAGCCACAGAGCGCAAAACCCCGCCCCCUCCUCUACUCCUCCAAUAGAGGACGACGUGAUGUUUGACGGACUGUCAGACGCGGCGGCGCUGGCAGAGAAUCAGGACUUGCAGCAGAUGAUGCAGCGGUUGACUGCGCGGAGGGCAGGGCGUGGAGAGGGGCGGAGCCUGCGGCGCUUAAGAGAGCAGGAUGUCGUUGCUUUCAGACGUGCUCUUUACAGAACUGGCGUACGUGUGCGUAGCGCAAGAGAUGCUAGCAGACAAAGGGACAUUUCUGCGUCAUUCUUGCGUCAAAACCCUGGUUGCUUGCGACGGCUGUUGCCAUGGCUACAGCGCGAGCUUACGGUGCUAUACGGUUCGCACGGCUCAUUAGUGAACAUUGUGCAGAACGUUAUAAUCUCCCGCAUUAUGAACUACAACAUGGAGGAGUCGACCAUUCGGGACGAGCUCCGCCCCUUCCUGCUGGCUCGCACUGACCACUUCCUGCAUGAGCUGGUGAGUUUUGCGCGCUCAAGCCUUAAUAUGGAGGCGUACGACCAGCAGGCGGUUUACGACUGUCCCGCACCCAGCUACGAGGAGGGCAGCAGCUCGGAUCUGUCUGUCAUCGCCAUAUCUGAGGAUGAUGAAGAUAAUGACAGUAAGAAUAAUGUGAUUGAGAACCCAUCUGCUGUCCAGGAACGCAUUGCAUCCGUUGCCACCGCGAGUGGAACAGACAGUUUAUUGAGUCAAUCUGCAUGGGAUGACGAGACGCCUGGUCCCUCCUAUUCAAGCAUCCUUCAGUCCUCUAGCCAAUCGCAGGAUGAGGGGGCGGAGCCUAGCUCAAGCACAGCCCCGCCCCUUACCGCCACAGAUGUGACUGACCCUGCAGCGAUGUCCACUGCAGAUGAAGAAGAAGAGUGCCUGAUUGUGGGAUAUGUGAAACCGAUGGCUGAACGCACACCUGAACUCGUUCAGCUCUCUUCAGAUUCCUCCGAAGAGGAGGAACAACAAGCUGCGACCACAGAGACGGCAGCCACAGUUACAAAGUCAGAGACGGGUCAGUCCGAGCUCCCACUGCCAUCCCACAUGAAGCCGCUGAGCCCCAGCUCCGUCGCCGGCCCCAUUCCCACCUGCAGUCCCCAGGCCAACCCUUCAGACCCACAGGAGAUCCUGUCCUUCAACAGAGAACAGAAGUCAGACUACUACUCCAGCCACAGCCACCGUUCCAGGCAUACUUCAUGGUCAGAGCUCAGAGCUCAAGGCAGACACAAAGACCGAUCGCAUCGGCACAGUAAAGAGAAAGCCAAGAGCAUUGAGCAGUUACAGCAUGCCACGACUCUGGAGUGCUCACCAAUGCAUUCACCCCAGAGUUGGUCCGGUCAGAGCUCUGCUGUGUCUAUCUGCAGCAUAAGCCCUAGAUCUCCAUCACACGACAGCGACUACUCUCCCUCACCAAAAACCAAGAGUCGGAAGCAUUCCUGUCACGUACAGGAGAGAUUCCCACAGUCUCCUUCCUACUCCGGGAGAAGGAGAACCAAGGAAAGGAUGAGCUUGUCUCCUGACCUGGACUUGUUCAUUGGUUCCCACCAUCCACACGAGUCAAAGCGCCACCGUAAACGCCGCAAACGUUCAGUCAGCAGCAGCAGUGCCGAUUCACACUCUGAAAAGUCCUGUCUGGACAAGCCCAGUGGAAAACGCAAGUACAAAACCCGGCAUUUGGAGCGAGCAGCCCAGCGCCAGCAUGAAGAGGGAAACACGAGUAAGGAAAAGCGGAGUAAACGGCGCAGUAGAGACCGAUCUCCGAGUGUGGAGAUCAUCUACGAAAGAAGAGCACCAGAUCCACACUGGGUCCAGCGUAAGAAGAAGAAGAAGCACCGAAAACGAAGGAGGGAUCUGGAUUCCCCGACAGUGAUCACCAUUGACAGUGACAGUGACCGCACUAUCGACUGCCUGGACAGAGUCAUGGACGUUAUAGACCAAACGGCUGCAGAUAUUGAGCAGAGGGACGGCACCUCUGAACCGACCGAAUCUUGUACCUUGGCCUCCUCAAAUCUUUUCUCCGAGUCCUCAAGUCCUGUGCGCCCCAGUGACCCGACCAAUGAACACUCACUAAACCUGGAUGAUUGCGUAGUGGAUGUUGUCGAUCAAAGUAGCUCCGACUGCUCCCACAAUAUUGAUUCCAGUACCAAUGAGGAGAUUGUGCCUGAUCCUUUCCCUAUGUCUUCAAUAACUAUGGCUCCAUCUUCAGACACAAGGCUGCUUGAAAGUAUACUGCAAGAUCUCGAGGAGUUCCUACCGGCAGAAGAGCCAGAGAUCGGGCCGAGUUCUCCAGUCCAACAGGACCACACUUCUAGCUCUCCAAAAGACCAAUCAGACACUGGAGAUGUGGACAACUCUGAGAACAAGACGACGGGCAGUGAUGAGCCACAAGAGAUGGUGACCAAUACUGCUAGCUAAAACUAAAACACAUACAUCUAGACUUCUUACGUCUGAACCACCUCUGUUUUAUAAUCUCAUGUAAAGAUUGAAUUACUGCUGGAAACAGAUGCUUAAGAAACAUUAAAGCAAUGUCUUUUGCAACUUCA